GCCUAGUGACAACUGCCUCGUAGUUAUUUCUUUCUCGCGCGCAGGGGACGCCUGUACAUUGAAGGGAAGAUGUCUGGCCGUGGAAAGGGCGGUAAAGGUUUGGGGAAAGGCGGCGCUAAAAGGCACCGCAAGGUUCUUCGUGAUAACAUCCAAGGAAUUACCAAGCCGGCUAUUCGCCGUUUGGCCCGUCGCGGAGGAGUCAAGCGCAUUUCAGGCUUGAUCUAUGAGGAGACCCGGGGCGUGUUAAAGGUUUUUCUGGAGAAUGUUAUUCGCGACGCCGUGACCUACACGGAGCACGCCAAGCGCAAGACCGUGACUGCCAUGGACGUCGUUUAUGCACUGAAGCGCCAGGGCCGCACCCUCUACGGCUUCGGGGGCCCCGGCCGCCAGCCUCAUUGUCCUCGGCUCUUCAUAGGGACUCCUCGCGACAUGGCUCGGACGAAGCAGACGGCGCGCAAGUCGACGGGCGGGAAAGCUCCGCGCAAGCAGCUGGCCACCAAGGCUGCGCGGAAGAGCGCGCCGGCCACCGGGGGCGUGAAGAAGCCGCACCGCUACCGCCCGGGCACGGUGGCGCUGCGCGAGAUCCGGCGCUACCAGAAGUCGACGGAGCUGCUGAUCCGCAAGCUGCCCUUCCAGCGGCUGGUGCGCGAGAUCGCGCAGGACUUCAAGACGGACCUCCGCUUCCAGAGCUCGGCCGUGAUGGCGCUGCAGGAGGCGAGCGAGGCGUACCUGGUGGGGCUCUUCGAGGACACCAACCUGUGCGCCAUCCACGCGAAGCGAGUCACCAUCAUGCCCAAGGACAUCCAGCUCGCCAGGCGCAUCCGGGGGGAGAGAGCGUAA